AUGGGUGCAAGUCAUGCUAUGAAAAGAAUUCCGCGAAUCAAGUUUCCGCAGAGACAUCCCAAGCCCUCUGGUUCUGUACCCGAGACUCAAGCUUUGUCUUCAAUAACUGAUGCCAAUUUACCUUUCUUCACAAGUUCAAAUGUCUUAAUCUCACCAGGAGGGAAGGCCUCUCUUCAACCCAAAAGAACUCCGGUGUCCAAUGAGGAGAUUGAAGCAGUUUUGUACUUGGAGCCGGAGAGCAUGGGAUUGGGACGCACGAGUGCCGUGUCGUUUCUUGUCCAACAAAAGGUCUCUUUAAUGGAUGAUGUUCCUUGGGAGAUAAAGGUCAUCCUUAAUCAUUUUCGACUUCCAAUUUCUGGUGUGGGAUCUCUUGAGAACCGAACGCCUCCUAUACAAAAACCUGGAACUGCUAAAUCUUCUAUACAUUUUAUCCUGGUGGAGGGGAAAGCAACCAGUCAUCAGAAAUUCAUUAUGAGUGUUUGA